AUGGAAAAUCAAAUGAAUUCUGCUAGUCGAUUUAUAGAACCUACUCAGGAUCCUUGUUCUGUGUAUUACAUACAUCCUGCUGAUAAUACCAGUUUGAAGGUCGUUUCUGAUCUGUUUAAUGAAGAACAUUAUAGCUCUUGGAAGAGAUCUUUGAUUUUGCACCUUUCUACAAAAAAUAAGAUGUGUUUUGUGGAUGGUAGCUUACCUAAACCGCCUAGUCUGGAUUCUAAGUAUAAGGCCUGGGUUAGGUGCAAUGAUUUGGUCAUAGGUUGGAUUCUAGGCACUCUAGGUCCUCUUAUUAUUAAGAGUGUCUUCUUCUAUAAGACUGCUCAUGAAAUCUGGAAGGAUUUGGAAGAUAGAUAUGGCCAAACUUAG